GCCACCGCCAGCUGAUUUGUGGACUGUGUUAAUUUAUAAAAUAAUUUUGAUUUUAAGGCCAAACUUGUAUUAAAUAUCCUUAUUUUUGUAUCUUAAAAGGUGCAUUAUAAUAAAAAGUGCUUAUAGCAUGAAUUUCUCUGACAAUGAAGCUGAUGAUACAUCGAGUGUCGAAAGUACUUCAAACACAGAUAAUACCUCUCGAAGUGAGACCCCUACAAAUUCUCGUGUUAAGAAACGCAGACGGGGAAAGAAAAAAACAACAAAGCCUGUGAAACCUCCUUAUAAGUUUAAUUGUAGUGCCAAAGAAGAUCACGGCCAGCCUUUAUUUGGCUGUCAAUUUAAUCAUCAUCUGGGAGAAGGUGAACCUCAGAUAUUUGCAGUUGUUGGUAGCAAUAGAGUAUCAAUUUAUGAAUGCCCAGAGUCUGGAGGCUUUAAAUUCCUACAGUGUUAUGCUGAUCCUGAUGUGGACGAAACAUUUUACACAUGUGCCUGGUCAUACGAAGAAGACACCAACCUGCCUCUUUUGGCGGUGGCCGGUUCCCGCGGCAUCGUCCGCAUCUUCCACCCCGCCACACAAACAUGUAUCAAGCACUAUAUUGGCCAUGGUCACGCGAUUAACGAAGUCAAGUUCCACCCCAGAGACCCUAACCUCCUUCUAUCAGCUAGCAAGGAUCAUGCUCUACGAUUAUGGAAUAUCAUGACCGAUGUUUGUAUCGCUAUUUUCGGAGGUGUAGAAGGUCAUAGAGAUGAAGUGCUAAGUGCCGAUUUUGAUCUAAAAGGAGAAAGAAUCAUGUCCUGCGGUAUGGACCAUUCGUUGAAGUUAUGGAGGCUCGAUAAACCGUCCAUGCAUGAAGCGAUCAAGCAGAGUUAUAAUUUUAACCCGCAUCGCGCGUUGCGACCUUUCAAUUCGUUGAAAGAACACUUUCCUGACUUCUCUACUCGUGAUAUACAUAGAAAUUAUGUGGAUUGUGUUAGGUGGAUGGGUGAUCUCAUUUUAUCUAAGUCAUGUGAGAAUGCUAUAAUUUGCUGGAAGCCUGGGAGGCUAGAGGAUACCGAAUUACGUCCUGGAGACAAUUCAGUGACGAUAGUCCAUAGAUUUGAUUAUAACGAGUGUGAGAUUUGGUUCAUUAGGUUUGCUGUUGAUUAUAGCCAAAGGGUGAUAGCGUUAGGCAACCAGUGCGGCAAAACCAUGGUGUGGGAGCUGGGCAGCGUGGCGGGCGGCUCGCGUGUGUCGCAGCUCGUGCACCCGCGCUGCGUUGCAGCCGUGCGGCAGGUGACAUUAUCAAGGAACGGCAAAGUUCUUCUGACUUGCUGCGACGACGGGACUAUAUGGAGGUGGGAUCGAGUCAACAACACAAACUAACUACUUAGCAUCUAAAAUCCUAGUGUAAGGAAAAUGUUAAGAAAAAUUUACUGUAUUUGAAAAAAGAAUUUCCUCAUAAUAUAAAUGAUAUCACCAUUUUAUAUGUGCGUAGCACAUGUUAAUUUCAAUUAGAUAAGUUAUACAAUAAUAUGUUUAUUUUGAUUAUUUCUCAAAUUAAAAUUGUGAUAAAGUAAACUACUGCCAGCUCGGUGCUUAGGUUUCUUGUGUGAAAAUGCUAGUACAAAAAGACAUUAGUCAUAAUUUUGUACGAAUUAGUUCGCUAGUGUAUAGUAUUUGUAAUGACAUGUAAUAGUUACAUUUAUGUAAAACAAAUAAUUUUAAGAUCACGAAUAAAGACUGGUUUUAGUCUAAUAA